GAGGCUGAUGGCAUGCAGUAGUAUAUCACCUUGAAAAGUCAUCUUUUAAGUCUGCUGCCAAAUGGGUGCUGACAGACAGGAAAUUGGAAGAGCAUACGUAAAAGAAGGAUUUCUGACGACUCCACGUUUGCAGCGGCGCGCAGGAGGCUCCAAGAAGUGGCAGCAUCGUUUAUUUCUUCAGCGAAACUGAAGAAUGCGCUCAGUAGCACUUCUCAGCAGCCCUGCAGCCCGUGGAGAGUGUGGGCAGUCUCUGUAUUCAGCAUCCUGGAAAAUGUGCAUUCCCUUGAAGUGAUCUGCUGAAAGCACGUACUUAGAGGACUGUUCCAGCCUGCCUUGUUGCACUGCUCUCAAGCUCUGAAAUGCCUGCUCUCUAAUACUGCCUGGAAUUUAGUUUUCUUCUGCUAAAGAAACGCGACCUGCUGCAGUUAUCCAAGGAGUCCAAGAGAGCAAGGACAGUGAAGAUGGCUCCGUGCGCUUUUUAUGCAGUUUGGGCUAUCCUUGUGGAAGUGGCAGUAACAUUUGGUCCAGUACCAAGGAUCACUUGGGAACACAGAGAGGUCCAGCUAAUACAUUUUCAUGAAUCAGAAGUGUCAAACUAUUCAACCUUGCUGUUAAGUGAGGACAAAGAUGUUCUGUAUGUAGGAGCCAGAGAAGUGAUCUUUGCAUUAAAUGCAGUUAAUAUUGCUGAAAAGCAGCAUGAGUUGCACUGGAAGGUCACUGAAGAUAAAAGGACUAAAUGUGCAGUCAAGGGCAAAUCAGAACAGACAGAGUGUCGUAAUUAUGUGCGUGUUCUGCAGCAGCUAAAUGACACUUUUCUCUACGUGUGUGGAACUAACGCGUUCCAGCCAACGUGUGAUUACCUGAAUUUGAUUUCGUUUGAGCUCGGAGGUAAGAAUGAGGAUGGUAAAGGCAGAUGUCCAUUUGAUCCUGCUCAAAGUUACACAUCUGUUAUGGUUGAUGAGGAGCUUUAUUCUGGGACUUCCUACAAUUUCUUGGGAAGUGAACCUAUUAUUUCACGGAAUUCUCAUCAGAGUCCUCUGAGAACAGAAUAUGCGAUACCUUGGCUUAAUGAGCCCAAUUUUGUUUUUGCUGAUGUGGUGAGAGCAGAUCAAAACAGCACAGAUGGAGAAGACGACAAGAUAUACUUCUUUUUCACCGAGGUGUCUGUGGAGUAUGAGUUUGUUGGAAAACUGAUGAUUCCAAGGAUAGCUAGAGUGUGCAAGAGAGACCAAGGAGGAUUAAGGACUUUACAGAAGAAAUGGACUUCUUUUCUCAAGGCCAGGUUGAUUUGUACCAUCCCUGAUAAGAAUUUAAUUUUCAACAUUAUCAAUGAUGUCUUUAUUCUCAAAUCCCCAAGCUUGAAGGAGCCUGUGAUAUAUGGAGUUUUUACCCCACAGCUGAAUAAUGUGGGGCUGUCAGCUGUGUGUGCAUACAAUCUGUCUACUGUAGAAGAAGUUUUCUCAAAAGGAAAGUAUAUGCAGAGUGCUACAGUCGAACAGUCUCAUACCAAGUGGGUACGGUACAAUGGGGAAAUUCCUAAUCCUCGACCUGGUGCAUGCAUAAACAACGAAGCCAGAGCAUCGAACUACAUGAGUUCUCUGAAUUUACCAGACAAAACAUUGCAGUUUGUUAAAGAUCAUCCUCUAAUGGAUGAUUCUGUGACUCCAAUGGGAGACAGACCCCGACUAGUAAAACGAGAUGUGAAGUACACCCAGAUUGUAGUGGACAGAGUCAGAGCACUCAAUGGUACCAUAUAUGAUGUUAUGUUCAUCAGUACAGAUCAAGGAGCCCUGCACAAAGCUAUCAGCUAUGAAAACGGAAUGCAUAUUAUUGAAGAAACACAGCUUUUCCCAAACUUUGAGCCAGUGCAAACACUCUUGCUUUCAUCCAAAAAAGGCAGAAGAUACCUCUAUGCUGGUUCGAAUUCUGGCGUGGUUCAGUCUCCUGUGGCGUUUUGUGACAAAUACACCACGUGUGUUGACUGUGUUUUAGCAAGGGAUCCUUACUGUGCUUGGAAACCCCUCGAAGCUUCCUGCGUUGAUAUUUUUAAAGAAAGUGAAAUUGAAAGGAAUUGGAUCCAGAACAUAGGUGGAGAUGCAUCUUCUUGUUCUGAUAAAGUAAGAGAGAAUUCCCUACAGCAUACAUUCAAGCAUGGGAGCACAGCAGAGCUCAAGUGUUCUCAAAAGUCCAAUCUGGCGCAGGUAGUUUGGAAGUUCAAAGAUGACGUACUGAGAGUGGAGAGCCCCAAGUACCGUCUGCUGGAAAAGGCACUGCUCAUCUUCAACUUGUCAGAAGGAGACAGUGGUGUUUACCAGUGUUUGUCAGAAGAAAAAGUGAAGAAUAAGAAAUUCUCUCAAGUGUUGGCUAAGCAUGUUUUGGAACUGAAAAAAGUCCAGCAUACUACAGCAGGCCCGACAGUGGCAGCUGCACCCACGGAAGGUAAUAGUGAUGUACCGAAAGUGUCAGCUGUAUCAACCGAGGGGUCUACCGCUCAAACCUCAACCACUCAGAUUGUACCAGUGACAACUGCAAGGAUAACAAAACCUAUUGGCCCUGUCCUAACAAGCGCGGCCUCCAACACAGAGCUCUUCAAUUCAAUUCCUGAUGCAGUCCCAGAAAAGACAAUGUUCCUGAAGUCAAACGAUAACUUCCUGUUGAUGUUCCUAUUCCUCUUCUUUUUCAUCCUCUUCCUGUGCCUGCUCUCCUACAACUGUUACAAAGGGUAUUUGCCAGGACAGUGCUUGAAAUUUCGCUCAGUCAUGCUGCUGGGUAAGAAAAAAAACAAGUCAGAUUUUUCUGAUUGUGAGCAAAGCGUGAAGGAAACCCUGGUUGAGCAAGGCAGCAUCAGCCACCAGAGCGGGGAGCAGCCGAAGCCGGCGCACGACACCGGCUAUGAGACGGAGCCGGACUGCGGCAACGGCCAGCUCCAGCCCGGGGACGUGCUGGCGCCCAGGGAGGCCAAGGACAAGCCUUUUGAUGUGAAGUGUGAGCUCAAGUACGCUGACUCAGACGUGGAGGGAGACUGAAGGACGCGAUCUUCGGUUUCGGUGGUGGAAAUCAGCUGCGGUACCACGGCUAGCUUUGAACACCGAGCGCGUGGUUGUGACCGCUGAGCCAUCGUGGGCUUCUCGCGCUUCAGCUAUACAGCAAGCCACUUCGCAUUCGGAUCUCACCAGAUACAGAAGCGGCGUUCUUGUCUGCAGACCAUAGCAUCGUGUAUUGUACUGUCAUUUUUUUUUUAAAUGGCCAGUUUCAGAUCCCCAUUUGUUUAUUCCUGGUUUUUCCACCCAACCCUGAGCACUUCACUCUGGUGAACACUUGCCCACUCCUUUCUUGGCCCUUUUCUUCCAUAGGAUAAAAGUAACUAAUUCAGUUGGCUUUAAAAAGUACUUCAGUCUGCACAUCUUUUAGCUGCCAUUAAAAAAAGUUCUAGUUUCAUUUGAAUUCCAAAUUGGAAAUUAAGUUUAGUUUAUCAGAUUGGUAAAUUAUAGACUUUUGUCCAGAUUGGGACAUUUUUUUCUUUGCUUCUAGUGAUUAUUUUUAGUUUUAUGUUUUGUGUUUUGGCACGCUAGGUCUCUUUAGUUUGUUAAAGUUAAUUUUUUUAACAGCUUUUUAAAUAUCUUAGAUUUUAAGAAACAUGGGGAUAAUAGUUGGCUUGAUUUGUGUAAGACUCUCAGGGAUAAUCUUGUUUAAAGGCUUUUUUCCUUGCUGCUUUUUAGAAAUUUAGGUACAACGAUAUCGGUACAAAACGUGGACUGGAGUAAGAGGGGGAAGGAAGAAAAUGAUAGAUUUAGGAAUGCUUUUUCUUCUUUAAACAGCAAGCUGAACACGUUUUCUUUUUCUAUACAAAACUGGAUUUCUUCAUUUUCUUUUGUUUAGUUUUUUUUUUUUUUAAUGAAAUAAUACUGUCAGCAGUGACACAGAGGUUUUUUGCACUGUGGAAGCAAAAUGGGAAUUGAGAAGAAUUCCGACAAUAACUCAGCUUGUGACUCGCUGGAACGGACUGUUAGGAUACAGCCUGAUGAGAAAACGUUGCCGAUUUUUUUUUCUUCUUUUUCAGAUUCGGAUAAUAACUCAACUUCUUUUUUCGUGACAAAUCUUUGCAGCGUCACCCUUUCUGGAUGACACCUACCAAUCAAUCUCCUAUGCAACUGGAGACUGAAACUGGAGCUGCUCAAACAAUCAGUCAUUUGAACUGUCUAUGUGAAUCAUGCCUGCAAAAGUGAAAAUGUGCAUUUGUUCUAAGCGCAGUUCACAGCAGCACUGUUUGUCUGUUAAAAGCAUUUUGUGCGGUACAGUUCUGAAGAGUUGUUCCUCUCACUGCGUAUUUCUGUAAAUAUUACUAGAAGUAGAGUACGUUUUAACAGUAAAUAGCAGUAUGCCUGGGCUGCUUUUCUAUGUUGAACAUCCAUGCAAAGUUAAUUUAGACCAUCUUAGUGUAAACGGUUUAUAUUUUAUAAGAUUCAGUUCGGUUUUAUUUUUCUAUUUUAAUUAUGUACAUAUAACAGAAUAAAUAUUAAAAUAAAUUGUAUUACUCCUUGACUU